AUUGUGUGGUCUCAUUCAGCUGUUCGCAACUGCAAGCUCCAAGAUUGUAUAUAAGGGAAAUCACAGGACUCAGCCGAAGUAAUAUAUCGGGUAUAUCGGGAAGAUUAAGAACUGUUGGUUGUUUGGUGUGCGACAAUAUAUUCCACAUUCGCUCAAAAUGGAGAUGAGUCAACAUUUACUUCUCAAAGUGACACUGCUUUUCUACUGUGGUUUAGUGACUGUGUCAUCAUUGUCAUGGGGACCAGCUAUUAUCACAGCCAAUGGGAAACGCUCAUUCAUCCCACCGACCGACAUCUAUUCUUUGGAGAAACAACUAGAGGCAUGGCGAUGUUGUCCCGAGGGUCUCAAAACAUCAUGGGAUAUGUUUCAAGGAGAACGAAAUGAAUAUUCAUACUGCAAACAGGCGACAAAAUGUUGCAGCCAUCUAAUGGAGGUGUCUACCCAGCAUGUCGAUGGAACAGGCUUCAGUUUAUGUGUAAAAGAUACGGCAUAUCAGAAAACUAUGAACACUUUAAGAGUUUUGACCAAACUGAUGAACAAGAAACAGAAUUAAUGACUAACAAUCUGAGGCUUAACAACCCGAGGAUCAAUAAUGUGAGGCUAAACAAUGUGAGGCUAAACAACUUGAGGCUACGCAAUCUGAGGCUAAAUAUUUAAACAAACUGAGGCUCUUCCAAGCACCAAUCUAUCAGUGCAAGCAUGAAUAAUUGAGCUGAAAUAGACUAUUUAAGUUAAUUUAACAUCAAAAAGAAAAACUAAACAGUGAAUGGCCUGGGUUAUUUUCCUCAUAUUAGAGAAAUGAGAGAUGUUGCAGUACAGUGCAGUACAAUUAAGUACA